AACUUGGAGUCUCAUUAUAAAUUGUCAUGGUGAUACAGAUAGAUGCAUUACAUUUCAAAGUCUUGAGUCUCAACCCCGUGGUGGCGUCUAUAUCAAUUCCAUUGGUCAUUGCCAAGGGAUACAAAUACAACAAAGCAAACUAUCCUCCCAAGUUUAGCAAAGAAGAAAGUUCUAAAUUUGGCACCAGUUACCAACCAACUCUGAACCCUUGGUGUCUUUUUCCUUGAACUUGAGGGUUCACACAUUCUCUUCUUGGGAGGGUUCUGAUUCUGAGGUUGAAAAAUGUCUGCUGCUGUGUCCUCCACAACCCCUCAUUUAGAGGAAGAGCUCAAAAACAAAGCAACAAACAACAAGAAGAAGAACAACGUUGGUGGGGAAUCAGACCAGCCCCCUUACAAUGAUGGUGCCAACUCUGAUGUUGCUGAAGAAACUGAGCCAGAGGAAGAUGAUGACUCCAAGUUGGAAUCUAACAAAGAUUUGGAUCUUGGCCCUCAAUUCACUCUCAAGGAACAGCUUGAGAAAGACAAAGAUGAUGAAAGUUUGAGAAAAUGGAAGGAGCAACUUCUGGGAAGUGUUGACAUGUCUGUCGUUGGAAGUGAAUGCAAAGACCCUGAAGUGAAGAUAUUGAGCCUCAUUAUUACAAGCCCAGAUAAGCCUGACCUCACCCUGCCAAUUCCAUUUACUACUGAUCCUAAGAAGAGUCUUUUCAUCCUUAAGGAAGGAAGCAAAUGCCAAAUGAAAUUCACCUUCACUGUCUCCAACAACAUCGUUUCUGGUCUCAAAUACACAAACGUUGUUUGGAAAACUGGCGUUAGAGUGGACAGCAGAAAAAAGAUGUUGGGAACUUUUAGUCCUCAGCAGGAACCAUAUACAUUUGAAUUGGAAGAAGAAACUAUCCCUUCUGGCAUGUUCGUCAGGGGAACCUAUGCAGCAAGAACCAAGUUUGUAGACGACGAUCGAAAAUGCUACUUGGAUGUCAAUUACUACUUUGAAAUUCAGAAGAACAGACCAACACCUCAAUGAGAUUUAUUUUUAACUUGAGUAAAUUGUUGUAAAAUUUUCUUCCUUUGGCAUCUUUUGUCUCUUUGGAACAGAUUGGAACUCAACUUGUUUGUCAAUUCCAGUUAGCACGAUUGUGCACGUGCAUGCUACAUUGCUAGUGUUACCCUCC